UUUAAGCUGUCAGUGCCACCUUCACAGGGUGUUCACACAGCCCAUAUUGGAGCCACCAUGAGAUCGGAACCCACCAAUGCACCAGGAAACACCACCUGUCCUGAGACAUACCCCCCACUCUAUGAGGAGAGCAGAGUGCUCCUGGUGGUGGUAUACAGCGCAGUGUGCAUGCUGGGCCUCCCGGCCAACUGCCUGACUGCGUGGUUGACACUGCUGCAGGCGCUGCAGAGAAACGUGCUGGCCGUCUACCUGUUCUGCCUGUCGCUCUGUGAGCUGCUCUACAUCGGCACGCUGCCACUGUGGAUCAUCUACAUCCAGAACCAGCACAGAUGGGCCCUGGGUCCGCAGGCCUGCAGAGUGACGGCUUACAUCUUCUUCUGCAACAUCUACGUCAGCAUUCUUUUGCUGUGCUGCGUUUCCUGCGACCGCUACCUGGCAGUGGUCUACGCACUGGAGAGCCGAGGCCACCGCCACCAGAAGACCGCCAUCGGCGUCUCCGCGUGUGUGUUUAUUCUGGUUGGACUUGUUAACUAUCCGGUGUUUGAGAUGAAAGUGGAGGAAAGCUCCUGUUUUGAGCCCCUGGCGAUGGAUGCGAAGAUAGCCAGCUACCACUACCUCCGAUUCACCUUUGGUUUUGCUGUCCCUCUCGGCAUCCUCGCGUUCACCAAUCACCAGGUUUUCAGGAGCAUCAAACAGAGCCUGAGCCUGAGUGCUGCACAGAAAACCAAGGUGAAGCACUCAGCCAUCGCAGUUGUCACCAUCUUCCUGGUCUGCUUCGCUCCCUACCACGUGGUGCUCCUCAUCAAAGCGGCCAGCUUUUCUUUCUCCCAAGGUGCUGUGUGUGACUUUGAAGGCAGACUGUACACAGUCUCGGUGGUGUUUCUGUGCCUGUCCACAGUCAACAGCGUGGCUGACCCCAUCAUCUAUGUGCUAGCUACAGACCACUCUCGGCAGGAAGUGUCCAGAAUCCACACAGGGUGGAAAAAAUGGUCCACAAAGACAGACGUUACAUACUUAAAGGACUCUGAUGAGGUGCACUCACCCACAGCACUUAGAAGCACAUACACCUUCCCCAAACCUGUGCACCUUCCAGGGUCGCAGACAACUGAGCUCGGCCUACUGUGCUCGCCCAAGAGACUGCCUGAGGAAUUCUGCUGAGCCCACUCUUUCUUAAGGGAGGAUGCUCAGCCUCAAAACCAGCACGAGUCACAUAUUCCUGGUCCUUUGAGCCACCAUCUGGGUGUCCAAAGUACGAGAGAGGCCUUUCUGGAAAAUACGCUGCUGUUUUUCCCUUCCUAAGACCACUGACACUGUAAACAUCUGUUCCUUGGAUGCCCAGGACCUCCAGGCUCCCCUGAGGAAAAAGUGACAGUAUGCUAGGGGGCAUAUCCCUAGCCUGCCAGGGACUCAGGGAGUACACGGCUGGCAGGAGAGCACCUCAGCAGCAGCUUGCUCAGCAGGGCCCCCAGCACCCAUCAGCAGGGUACUCAGCAGAGCACGUGGUGUAUGACCUGAUUGGCUACGCUUUCCAGCAUUGUCCAGUGGCUGUCCCAGUGCAUCUUGGGGCCUUCCACAGAGGUGGACAUGAACUGCAUUCAAGGUCACCAUCAUGGUACCUAGGGGCUGUACACAGCUAAAGAGCCAUGGGGGACAGGACUCCAGCCGUGAGGGUGCCCACUGGGACCUGGUUCUGAGUAGAUACAAUUGUCUUCUAGGGGAGCCAUGGGGCAUGGUGACCAGUUGCUCCAGAUCCUAGUAGCCCCAUACAGCCUCCCCAGGACCCCCUCAACCAUUUAUAUUAGAAAGUGCCAGUGGUCACUCCAAGAAGAGACUGGCAUAGCUGCUACCAGAUAAGGGGAUCUGGCAUGUGCUGAUGCUUGUUUUUAAACUCUAUUUAUUUGGGGUGUUGAAGUCUCUACCUCUCUUCCACCAGCACCCUAAAACUGGGUAAGAGAGAAAGAAGGUUAAUGAAGAGGGGGUGCAGACCCCUUUACUUCUUCCAGCUGCUUAGGGUCAAUUGGGUU